AUGGAGCAGGAUGUGGAGAGCCCAGCCACCAUCAGACAACCCAAGUUGCCAAAGCAGGUCCGUGAGGGCCUGCCUAAACAGCUGGCACAAAUGGACAGGGCGAAGAGGAUCCAGCGGUACGUCCAGAAAGACGGGAAGUGCAAUGUCCAUCACGGGAACGUCCGGGAGACAUACCGGUAUCUGACAGACAUUUUCACCACGCUGGUAGAUCUCAAAUGGAGGUUCAAUCUCUUCAUCUUUGUCCUGGUGUACACGGUCACAUGGCUCUUCUUUGGCUUCAUGUGGUGGCUUAUUGCAUACCUUCGGGGUGAUCUGGACCAUUUAGCUGACAAUAAGUGGACUCCGUGUGUCAAUAACCUCAAUAGUUUUGUAUCAGCUUUUCUGUUCUCCAUUGAGACAGAGACCACUAUUGGUUACGGAUACAGAGUCAUCACGGACAAAUGCCCUGAGGGGAUACUUCUGCUUUUAAUUCAGUCAGUGUUGGGGUCUAUUGUGAAUGCCUUUAUGGUGGGUUGCAUGUUUGUCAAGAUCUCGCAGCCCAAGAAGCGAGCUGAGACACUAGUGUUUUCCACCAAUGCGGUCAUCUCAAUGAGAGACGGACGGCUGUGCCUGAUGUUCAGAGUUGGAGACCUCCGAAACUCGCACAUUGUUGAGGCUUCUAUCAGGGCCAAGCUUAUCAAGUCUAAGCAGACCAAGGAAGGGGAGUUCAUCCCUUUGAACCAGACGGACAUGAAUGUGGGUUAUAACACGGGAGAUGACAGGCUCUUCCUCGUGUCACCGCUCAUCAUCUGCCACGAGAUAAACCAGAACAGCCCCUUCUGGGACAUCUCACAAGCCCACCUGGCCAAGGAGGACCUGGAAAUUGUUGUGAUCCUGGAGGGGAUGGUGGAGGCCACAGGUAUGACGUGCCAGGCAAGAAGUUCAUACGUCAGCAGUGAGAUCAAGUGGGGCUACCGCUUCACACCAGUCCUGACUCUGGAGGAUGGCUUCUAUGAGGUGGACUACAACAGUUUCCAUGAUAUCUAUGAAACUAACACACCCGCCUGCAGUGCCAAAGAGCUUGCCGAUAUGACCAACCGCUCCCGCUUGCCCCUCACCUGGUCGCUGGCCAGUAAGCUGAGCCAACAGGGGCUGCCAGAAUCUGAGCAGGAGGGUCAGGAGACAAAGACCAGACUGGACAACCAGGGGAAGAGCCAGCAGACGGAGAGAAACGGAGACAUUGCCAAUGUAGAGAGUGAGUCUAAAGUGUAG